ACUCUGAGUCUCUCUCUGAAAGUUUGGGUCCAGAGCAGGGACUCAAAAUCGGGGGUUCAUAGUUAUCCGCUUCUUUCUAGUUUGAGCGAUCUGAAAUUUGAGUUAAACGGUGGUAAAAGCUCCGCUUCGAUUCGCUUAUAAAUUGAUAUUAUUUAGAGAAAUUCAAUGGACACCAAUAGUUGGAGGUCCAAUCCGAGUCAAGCCCCCGUAGGAGGAGCAGCAGGAGCAGGAGGCGCCGGAGUCGGAGGAGAACCCACCAUGGACACCGGCGAUUGGAGGAACCAAUUGCCGCCCGAUUCUCGUCAAAGAAUUGUGAACAAAAUAAUGGACACAUUGAAGAGGCAUCUUCCUGUUUCUGGCCAAGAGGGAUUACAUGAACUCAAGAAAAUAGCCAUAAGGUUUGAGGAAAAGAUUUACACUGCUGCCACAAGCCAGUCAGAUUAUCUACGAAAAAUAUCUCUGAAGAUGCUUACAAUGGAAACCAAGUCUCAGAAUCCUAUAGUCAAUUCUUUGCCAUCCAAUGCUGCUGGCAGUAGCAAUGAGCACCCAGAUUCAGGCGCUCAUAUUUACACAUCAAUUGUAGUGUCUCUAGAUUCCAUGGCUCAGACAGGACAUGCAAAUGGGGGUGAUUGGCAAGAGGAGGUUUGUCAAGAGCUCAAAGCCAUUAAGGAGAAGUUGGAAUCUUCUGAGAAGCAGAUAUUACACUUUAUAAACACAAAUGGGGCAAGGAACCCUGUUGCUUCACUGCAGCAAGGACAGCUUCCCCUGCCACACUCUAUGCAGCAGCCACAAUCUCCAAUUACUAAAUUGCAGUCUCAUGAAAAUCAAAGGAACCCUCAGUUGCAAUCAAUGAACUUUCAAGGUUCUGUAUCGUCUCUAGAUUCCACGGCUCAGACAGGACAUGCAAAUGGGGGUGAUUGGCAAGAGGAGGCUUAUCAAAAGAUCACAGCCAUGAAGGAGAUGUACUUACCUGAAAUAAAUGAAAUGCACCAGAAAAUUGCAAAUAAAUUGCAGCAGCAUGAUUCUCUUCCACAACAACCACGGUCAGAUCAGCUUGAGAAGUUGAAAAUGUUUAGGACUAUGUUGGAGCGUAUUAUAACAUUCUUACAAGUUUCUAAAAGUGACAUACUACCCAAUUUCAAGGAGAAGUUGGGAGCUUAUGAGAAGCAGAUAUUAAAUUUUAUAAACACAAAUAAGCCAAGGAAGCCUGUUUCUUCACUGCAGCAAGGACAGCUUCCCCCACCACAUGUGCCCUCUACGGAGCAGCCAUAAUCUCCAAUUACUUAAAUGCAGUCUCAUGAAAAUCAAAUGAACUUAUAAGGUUCUGUAGCGUCUCCAGAUUCCACGGUUCAGACAGGACAGGCAAAUUGGGGGGUGAUUGGCAAGAGGAGGUUUAUGAAAAGGUAAUAUGAGAUGACUUACACGAAAUUCACCUGUUUGUUUUUGGAUGAAAAGAUUCUUGUGUGGGUUGUUGGAUUUGAGUCUGGUUGUAAUUUGGGCUUAAUUGCAGUACUCGUGGUUGCUGAACAACAGGACAUAACAAGUAUAAACCUAUAUAGAUAUCAGAUAUGGGAUAUGAAUAGAGAACAAAGCUUCCCAUCUUUAUAGAA